AUUGAACGGCUUAAUGUUGAAACAUUAUCUAUGGAACGUAUUCUUCGUUUAACAAAUUAUUCUAAUUUACGUACACUUGGUUUAUAUGAUGUUCAACCAGAAACAGUUAAUUAUCUUUUUUCUGGUAACGAUAUUUUAUUCUAUUCUUUCAAUUAUUAA